GCACGUCAUCAUCAUUAAUCAUACACGUCGGGUCUCUAUAUAUAAUAGGCCUCUUCUUCUUUCCCCUUUAAUCUUCGUUCUCUUCUUCCAGAGCGUAUUCGAAACUCUUCACCCAAAAAAGGAAAGAUCAAAAAUCCUUAAUAACGCCGAUGGUAGAGAAUAAGGAAGAAACGGUGGCGACGAUACCUGAAGGAGAGAAGAAUGGUGGUGGUGGAGCCACCGUGGUGGUGAUGAAGCUUGAUUUGCAUUGCCAAGGCUGCGGGAAGAAAAUCAAACGACUUUUGAAACAUCACAAAGGCGUGGAAGAUGUGAAGAUUGAUUAUAAGGCAGAUAAGUUGACGGUGAUCGGAUACGUAGAUCCAACGGCAGUUCGGGAUAAAGUCGCCGACAGAAUUAAGAGAACGGUUGAGAUUGUCUCUGCAGUGGCGCCGAAGAAAGAGGCUCCUCCUCCUCCUCCUCCUCCUUCUCCUCCUUCAGGCGGUGAAAAGAAGGCGGCGGAUGAUGAGAAGAAAAAAGAUGAAGCAGAGCAGAAAACUCCUUCUCCACCAGAAGAGAGUAGUACGGUGGUUCUGAAGAUGAAACUACAUUGCCAAGGUUGCGAACACAAAAUCAAAAGAAUUGUCAACAAAAUUAAUGGGGUUCAUUCAGUUGCCAUUGAUAGCGCCAAAGACUUUGUGAUAGUGAAGGGGAUCAUUGACGUCAAACAACUCACCCCUUACCUCAACGAGAAGCUUAAACGCAAGGUCGAAGUUGUUCCCGCCAAAAAAGAGGAGGGAUCCCCCGUGGAGGCUGCUGCGGCGGCUCCAGCUAGUGGCGAGAAGAAGGACAAAGGUGUUGCAGGUGAAAAGAAAGAGACUAAAGAUGUCGGAGUGAAAGACGGUGGUGGUGAAAAGAAGAAAGAAGCUGCCCCAGCCGGAGGAGGGGACGGUGGCGCUACGGUGGAUGUGAAGAAAUCGGAGUAUAGCGGUUAUGGUUAUCCACCUCAGCCAAUGUAUUACUACUACCCACCAGGACAAGUGUACGGUCAACACUACAUGAUGCAAGGCCAAUCAUCAUCUCAAGCAUACGUACAAGAACCUUAUACAAACCAAGGAUACGUACACGAAUACUAUACGAAUCAACGUUACGGUCAACAACAAGGGUAUGGACAAGAAGCACCACCACCACCACAACAACCGUAUAUGAACUACCAAGGGUAUGCAGAUCCUUAUGAUCCUUAUGCUCAUAUGCGUGCUCCUGACAUGUUUAGUGAUGAGAAUCCAAAUGGUUGUUCUGUUAUGUGAGUCAGACGAGAGUGGGUGGUGAUUUUGUAUAUAUAAAUAUAUUAUAUAGGGAGAGAAAGGUAGAUAUUAACCAAAUUGUUAUACUAAACCCGCGAGAUUGGCCGGUUUAGAACCGGUUUUUGAGAGGCGUGUGUGUGUUGUUAGGUCUUAUUUGUUGGUUGGUUUAGUUUAUAGACUAUUUAGAUAUAGUUUUCUUCUAUUAUAAGAUUGAAUCCUUCUCUCUU